AUGAAACACGAUAACCUGCUACUGCAUAACCUGCCCCAACACUACCAAGAAAAUUAGAGACCUGAGGUCCUAUCAAGAACAUUCAAUUUGAAUGUAGCACUAACUCCAUUUCAAAUUCCUUGCUUGUCCGACUAUCUCAAGACAAGAGCAGAACUUGGUCCAUUUGUGGCUGUGAUACCUUCCUGGAAUAUUUCUGGAACACAGCUUUCAGAUAAAUACAUCCAUAAGGAACCCAGUUCAUGUACUCCAAGACCAAGAUAUAAAGAGUUCAGGAAAUUCCUCCAUUGCUGCCAGCUUCCCUGAGGAGCAGAAAGGAAGCAUGGAGGACUUGAUCUACAUGUACUGCCAGAAGACAACUGAGCAAGGGAAAAGGAUCUCAUGUACAUUUGGAUCUCCAUGUACAUUAAUGGAUGUACACCUUAUGUUUAUGUGUUUCCUUUGCACAGAGGCCUUCCUACUGAACAACACCAUGAUGUCACUCAGCUGGCAAAAAAAAAAAAAAGUGAUGUGUGUAUGAAUGAUGAAUCAUUGUGCCUGCCAUUUUCCCCCUCUUACCCCUACCCUGCACACAUUUCUAGGUACACCAUGUUCCCAAACUUCAGAUCACUUGAGGGUUGAGACACUGGGAUCAAUUCAAGCAGUCAUCAACCUUACCAUACCAGUAUCUCUAGCAAUUUUGACCUGGUUGUUCUGAGGAAGACCAGAGAGCUCAAAUAUAACUUUUCUCCAGUUAAAACCAAUAUGCUACAAAAUACUGAAAGGGCUCUGAAGAUCGCAACAUACAGUCAGGUCUUCACAGAUGGGCACCAACACACAACAGAAAUUCAAAAGACCUUUAGCCUUGAGCAAAACACUUCUGCUGGUCUGUCACAAGUGACACCUCCUGAAGGGUGCACUGCAUGCUUACUUCAAGGUGAACAUCCCCAUUAAUCAAUUCUGCAAAAACAAUACUCCUUCAGAAGCCUUCACCUGUACUCAGCAUUCCCACUGUUGUCACCAGCUACUAAGGCAUUGUAGAGGUGGCAACUUUCAGGAAGGCCCAAAUUUGAAACCCUUCCAAAAUCUGCAUGUUCACUUUCCUAUGAAGACUUCAAGCCCAGAUAUUUGGAUCAACAUACAAUAUUGAAAAACCCAGUUAGCCUAAGUAAGCCAAGCUUACCACUGGCUGUAAAGCAUGAAGAAAGUGAAAUUUUGUUGCACAGACUUUGCCAUAAAGAAAUAUGUCUGCCUGCAUGGAGACCAGAGGAUGGGCCAAGAGAGAUAAUACUGCCUGAAUGGGUCCCCAGCUGUGAAGUUCCCCAGCUCCAGACAGGGCUGAUGGAGCUGCAGCAUUUCUCUAUGACAGCAGCACAAAAACAUGUACAUGAUUCUGUAAAAGGAGAGAGAGAAAAUCCUCACAGAUAA